CUGCUGCUGCGGCUGCUCCCGCCGUCAGGCGCCGCAUCGGCAAGAUGGCGGCGCCCAGGCCGCCGCCCGCCCGGCUGUCUGGCAUCAUGGUGCCCGCGCCCAUCCAGGACCUGGAGGCCCUCCGCGCGCUGACGGCGCUGUUCAAGGAGCAGCGGAAUCGAGAAACCGCGCCCAGGACUAUCUUCCAGAGAGUCCUGGAUAUCUUGAAGAAGUCCGCGCACGCCGUCGAGCUGGCCUGCAGAGACCCGUCCCAGGGGGACCACCUGGCCUCCAGCCUGCAGUUGAUAACAGAGUGCUUCCGGUGCCUCCGGAACGCUUGCAUAGAGUGUUCCGUGAACCAGAACUCCAUCAGGAACUUGGAUACAAUCGGCGUAGCUGUGGAUUUGAUUCUUCUUUUUCGGGAACUGCGCGUGGAACAGGAGGCCCUGCUGACAGCCUUCCGCUGCGGCCUGCAGUUUUUAGGCAACGUCGCCUCUCGGAACGAGGACUCCCAGGCUCUCGUCUGGGUGCAUGCCUUCCCGGAGCUCUUUCUGUCUUGCUUAAAUCAUCCAGACAAAAAAAUUGUUGCCUACUCUUCAAUGAUCUUGUUCACAUCUCUUAAUUCUGAAAGAAUGAAAGAACUGGAAGAAAACCUCAAUAUUGCAAUUGACGUCGUAGAAGCUCACCAAAAGCAGCCUGAGUCAGAAUGGCCGUUCUUGAUUAUUACAGACCAUUUUCUGAAAAGCCCGGAAUUGGUCAAAGCCAUGUACGCCAAAAUGAGCAAUCAAGAAAGGGUGACAUUGUUGGACAUACUCAUAGCCAGAAUCGUGGGCGAGGAGCCCCUGACCAAGGAUGACGUGCCUGUGUUUCUGAGCCACGCCGAGUUGGUUGCAGGCGCCUUCGUGGGUCAGUGCCAGACGGUGCUGAACUUGGCCUCCGGGGAGCGUGACGACGAGGAGGCUCUGGCCACGAUCAGGCUUCUGGACGUGCUGUGCGAAAUGACGGCGAGCACGGACCUGCUGGGCCGCCUGCAGGGGCACCCCGGCUUGCUGGAAAGGGGCGUCGAGCUUUUACGGCUGAUCCACGCAGCCGGCAGCGACGGCAAGAACAUCUUCAGCUCCUCGGGAUGCUUGAAAGCAGAAGGCGACGUCUCCAGCGUGGCCGAGGGCUUCAAGUCCCACCUCAUCCGUCUGAUCGGAAACAUGUGCUACAGGAAUAAAGACAACCAAGACAAGGUCAGUGAGCUGGACGGCAUCCCCCUGAUCCUGGACAGCUGCAGCCUGGAUGACAGCAACCCCUUUCUGACCCAGUGGGCAGUGUAUGCCAUCCGGAACCUCACAGAAGACAAUAGCCAGAACCAGGAUCUGAUUGCCAAGAUGGAGGAGCAGGGGCUCGCGGACACGUCCCUGCUGAAGAAGAUGGGCUUUGAAGUAGAGAAGAGGGGUGACAAGCUGGUUCUGAGAGCAACUGGCGACACCCCCCCAUCGUGAAUGAGCUCUGCAUCCACACAUCAGAAGCGUCAGAGCCUGUUUCCUGGAUUUCCCAUCUUCGGCUCUAUGUGAAAUUGCAAGUGUUUGAAGAUCAAGUACAAAUUCCAGGGCUCGUGAUGCUUUUAGAUAAUAGAGUUAAAUGUGUUUAAGCUUAAAAGUGAAAGUACAUGAGUGUUCUGUUGUUUCUCUGCUUUAAAAACGUAGCUGUCUGGUGAGCCUCGUCCCCAUGGAUACAGUGUGCGUUUGCGUCCUAGAUUGUACUUGCUGUGGCAGCGAAUAAUGAACUUCUUGUGGAGGCCGCCCUGGCUUGGCAGAGGCGCGGCGUUUGCUGGGGUCCCGUUUGUUCCUUCAGGCGCGAGUCCGCCUCGCCCCUUUCUUCUCUCCUCACUGCGUUUCCGAGCCCUGCAGGCAGCUGAAGGCGCUCUCACUGUGAUUAAUUCUCACCGUCUCUUUUCACCCACAGCCUUUCCAAAACACUGACAAGACUCAUUUCCAGUUAAUUAAUUCGAGAGACGCUGAAGAAUAGAGCUCACCCCCUCUUCAUUUUAGGUGCCGGGCUGUGCUGUCACCGAGCCCUGUCCUUUCGAGCUUUGCAGAGAGUCAGAGGACAUUGGGGCCAUUAACUCUUUUCAUUCCACAGCAUCCUAGAACCAGACUUCUUAAAACCCAUCCCACUGAAAAGCGUUUGCCCUGCGUCGUAUGCCCUUUAUGCCCCGCUACGGGGCAGGAGAGCUUAGUGGUGGGCGCUGAGUGCGGGGCCCCUGGACCAAAGGCGCGUCGGUGGCUCCUUCCAUUUAAAAAGCGCCCGCCUCAUAGGGUCCGCGCUCUGUCCCUGGGAUUGCAGCAGUAGCUGUCGGGAGCGAGGGUAACGUGACCCAGACGUGUCUGUCCGUGUGUCUUCGUCUUUCUGUGUGUAUGUUCACAUUGGCAGUGGGACGGGACUGGGCGCACACAAGGCUCCCUGGCCCUUCAGACCGUGGACGGCACCCCAGGGUUUGCAGGAGGCCGCGCCGUGAACGCGAAGCACGGCUUGUCUCCCUGCCCCCCAGGCCACGCGACUGACGUGCCUAGAGGUUUUGCAGAAUUCGUGUUGAACCUUCAGUGUAAGAGCAGCGAAGAGCCAAUCAGAUGUUUUCCAAAAAUACUGUGUCCAAAGUGCUUCUAAGUCUUCUGUGCCUGUACUGAAGUCGCUCUGUACAAACAGCUCAAGCAUGUUAAGACAAAUAAAAGCGUCCC